UUCCUUAAUGCGGCAUGUCUCUACUCUACACUGGCCAAAGCAGCCACCAGUAAAUCUUCAUCUUCUCAAAAUUGGCUUACCCUUUUGAGCUAAGGGUAAGAUAAUAGCACUUUUCUGUUUCAAACAUUCAAAAUUUACCCAUUCAUGUUCCUUCUUCCUCCUCUGCAAAAACUCAAUGUUCUCUUCAAUCCUAAAUUCUAAUCAACCUCGGGAUAAGCAACAACAGAAACAAAAGGAAGAAUGGUUCGCGGGGAGUUUCAAGGCAGAGAACUUCAUUCCAGGUCUUGUUAUAGGUUUCAUUUUUGGGUUGUUGUUAGAUUUAACAAAGCCCAGUAGAAAUCACUUGUCCAAGAAACAAUUGUCAUCUACCAAGCUUCAAGAGCAACUCUCAGUCUCCAGCAAUGGUGACCGAGAACUUAAAAUGGUUCUGGUCGUUCGACAAGACUUGAAGAUGAAAUCUGGAAAGAUUGCAUCUCAAUGUGCUCAUGCUGCAACUGGCAUGUAUGCUGAGUUAAUGCAAAGUGAUAGGUCUCUUCUGAGACAAUGGGAACAGUGUGGCCAGCCCAAAAUUGUUGUGACUUGCAGGAAUCAACAAGAGAUGAAUAAACUGAAGGACACAGCUGAGAGUAUUGGCCUUCCUACAUUUGUUGUUGCUGACGCAGGAAGAACACAGGUUUCGGCAGGAUCAAAAACUGUUCUUGCUGUUGGACCUGGUAAGCUUCCUGUUGCUUGUAUGUCAUGUAAGACCAAAAACACGUGCAAGAAAAUCCAAAUGCUUCUGCAGUUAAUUGAAAAAUUGAAUGACCAAAAUCAUCUGUGGAUGCGGUGACUGGUAGAUUGCCACUGCUUUGACAGCAUUCCAGAAGCAUGUCCUAAUAUGAUAAAUACCUAAGCUUGUUGCCACUUGCUCUUGUGUUCUAACGCAUUAUCUAACACCGCCAUUAGUUGCCUAAUUAGUCAUCGUCACAGUGGCUUAAGAACAUGGCAAUGGUAUGCUUGUGUUCAAUAGGUGUAGUUGCAUGAAUUUCAUCACCCUGUCUACCAUGAUGAACAAAAACUAUUUAUUUGUUAUUAUAUAGAAUUGUUGAAGGACAA